GCGGGGCCAUUGAGCCCGGCCACAGUGUGUCUAGUGACCCCUUGACGACCAUGGUGGUGGUGGGCGGCGGGUUGGUGGCCCGUGUGGCACGACUCCUCGGCGGCGGCGCCUUCGUCAGGUUCUCCCCCCGGGCUGGGCACCGCCUCUCUGCUGUGCUACAGGUGAAGGCGAGGAGGAGGGAGUUCUGUACUCGUCCUCAUGUAGAAACCAGAGCCUUGGACUCCGGUACACGAUUGGAGCUUCAUCACUCCCUCUGGCCUCACAGUCUGUGUGUGCCUUACAUCUGGCUGCGUGACCACUGUCGCUGCUCUCGCUGUUACAACCACAAAACAUGCCAAAGAAUUUUUGAUGUCGGCAAUAUUCCGCUGAACAUACGACCAGCAGUUGUGAAGACGACUCAAGAUGGAUUACAAAUACAGUGGCCAGAUGGACAUGAAUCGGAGUACGAGUACAAAUUCCUCUGGCAGAAUUCUUUUGAUGGUUGUCGAACAGCACACAAAGUGUCUAGACAUCUUUGGAAAGCUUCGACAUUCCCUGCAGCACACUUGACUACGGUUCCUCUGGAAGAGCUCUGUGAUCCUGAAAAGAAUGGUGCCAGAAAGCUUAUGUAUUCAAUAAUCCAAAAUGGAUUGGCUUUCAUCUCGGAGGUUCCAGCUGAUGUUGAAUCAACACGGGCAGCUGUAGAAAAGUUUUGCACAAUUAAGAAGACAUUUUAUGGAGAACUGUAUGUCAUGCAUGGGACCAACUAUGAUCAUCUUGACACUGCAUAUUCCACAGAAUCUAUUGGUGCUCACACCGAUGGAACGUACUUUUCACAAGCAGCCAGAAUACAAGUGUUCCACUGUUUACAAACAGCCACAGGUGGUGGUGAGAAUUUGCUUGUUGAUGGAUUCAAUGUUGCCAAACAGUUCCACGAGAAGCAUCCUGAAGGUUAUGCAUUUCUCUCGUCAGAAGCUGUGCCAUCUGAAUAUAUAGAGGAUGGGUAUCACUUUAUGUCGCUUGACACCAUUUUUAAACACCAUCCAGUCACGGGCAAUAUACAACAGAUCAGAUACAACAUUUAUGAUAGAGCUCCUUUGUCGUCACUUCCCAUGGAAAAGCUGCAAGAGUUUUAUCUGCAUUUUUGUAAUCUUACAAAGAUCAUUAGAAAUCCAAGGAAUGAAUAUUCGCUUAAAUUGGAACCAGGUACAGUGUUACUGAUUGACAACUGGAGAGUGAUGCAUGGUCGUGCCAACUUCACUGGCACCAGGACUAUGAGUGGCUGCUACCUGGAUAAUGAUGAAUUCACCAGCAAAGCACGAAUUCUAAAGGUACAGAUGGAGUAGGGUUUAUAACCGGCUUCCUCCUCCCUGUCUUCCACCAAUCAAUGUCUCCAGAAAGUUUCUAUGUAAACACCCCCCCCCCCUCUCUGUGGGCAGUGAGGGGGAGGGGGCUGUUGUGCAACACCCACUGGUAGAAAGGGGUAACUGUCAUCUCCUGCCUGUUGUGAGAGUGCACAAGCUAAACAUGCCUAUGGGCUAUGUAUAGAGACCUGUGUUUGCCCUUAUGUCCUUUCAUCUGGGAGUUGAGCCCUCCCAGGGGUUGUGGGCAGGGGCAACACCCUUCUUUGGUAAGUGGAUGGGUAAAACUGGAGAUUCAGUGUGGCCCACCUGAACCAGUCUGCUCAUCUAAUUAGACAUUGGGUUAAGUGGCCAUUGUAGGGUUGGUGUUCCUAUUGGUUCCUGCAAUCAAGACUUGCAUAUCUGGCUCUGGUUACCCCUGGGGUUGCUUGCCCCUGUGCCUCCUAUGGUGGGUGGGGGGGGUGCUGAACAGUGAAGUUUUGGUAACAUCUGACCUAAUUUCUCCUCAGAUUUGUGGAGUGAGUGACCAGACUCUCUCCAGAGUCAGUCUGUACUGGACCAACCUGGCUCCAUUGGGCCCAGACCAGGCUGUGUACCUGAGUGCUCCUUUCCCCUCCCCCUUCCAUGGCUGGGUUGAUCUUAAAAGCCACAGUGGUGACUGCCUCGUCCCCUGGUGUGGCUCCUAUUGCGACCAGUGCAUCAUUUACCACCCCUUCUUUGUAGGGAUUCCUGAUGGCAUCCAUGCACACGCAUGUUUGCUUCCUGCUUAAACUGCUACUUUCUCGAUUUUGUUUGACUCUUACUUUAUGGCCUAAGGAUUAUAAUCUUUGUCACGAACGUACCCACCCUAAUAUGUACAUCCAUAGACAGGUUACUUUUAACCCCAUCUGAACUGGCAAGUGUCGUUGCAGCACCAUCGAGAGGCAGUUGCCCACCUACCCAUCUUUGGUGAGAUGCUCCAGUUUGGGUGUCCAAAAUCACACAAUGCCAGCAUUGGCACUGUUGUUCUGCAUAAUGUUGCAACUGGGUAUAGAGAACUCAGACCCAUGGGGAUAUUAAAUAUAUCCUUGAGGCGCAGGUCAUUUUUAUCCUCCAGAUUGACUCCUCCGCUUGUCUUUCUUGUGGUCAUUGUCAUUGUUCUCUUUGUACUGUUAAGAUCACUUUUGAUGAUAGAACUCUUCUGUUUUGUCAAAUGAUCUUAAUAGUACAAAGGAACUGAUGACAAUGACCACAAGGAAUACAAGUGGAGGAGUCAAACUGGAAGAUUGAAAUGACCUGGCCCUCAAGAAUAUAUUUAAUAUUCCCCAUGGCAGUCUUUGAGGUCUCUCUUUUCCCCAGUUGUAACAGGGUUCAAAACAAUGCCAAUACUGCCAUUCAACAGUGUAUUUUUGGACACUCGUCCCAGGAUUUCACUAAGACUGGACAAAGCAGCUAGGCAGGCAGCUCCCUCUCCUGAGAAAGGGCUGCUAUAACACUUGUGCCAGUCUAUAAAUGUGCACAACAGGACAUAUGUUCAUCCUGACAGAUCAAAAUAUGUAGGUUAUGAAGCAGGGCCAAACAAGUUUGGAAACCAGCAGAAAGCAAAUAUGUGGUAAUGGCAUCAGGGAACCCCCCCCACCCCCCCC